AUGAAUCUACCCGAAGGGUAUUCCUUUAUAGGAAUCGAAGGUCACUUCAUUCGUAAUGACAAAGAUGCAAGGGACAAUGAUCAGACACAGUACUGGAUUCAUCUAGAUCCAGAAGAAACAGAAAGUCAGAUUGCAGAAGAACAUGAAGAGGAAUCCAAUAGUGAUAAGAGAAAAGAAUGGUGUGAGGCUGAAACACUACUACUGAUUGAUAUCGUAAAUAAAUAUAAGUUGAAACUCACUGAUCCUAGGAUCAAGAAGAAAACUUUAUUUGACACAAUUAGUUGUGACAUGAACAUCCAGAGUAAAGGAGAAUUCAUUAUAACAUCUGCUCAACCAGAAAAUGAAUGGAAAAGUUUGGCUAAAAAAUUCAAGGAUAUUAAAGAUCAUAACAAUAAAACUGGAAAUGCUCCAAAAGCUUGGAAGUACCAUCAAAUGAUAUCAGAGAUUAUUGGUGAUCGACCAAAUGUUGAACCAAAGGCUGGUUGUUCCAGUAUACAAUUGAGUAACACUAGUAAUAAAAAACAGAAGGAACCUCAAGACACUUCAACUAAAGAACAAGGUGUGAAGAAGAAAUCCUCAAAAGAGGGUGGUUCUAAAUCAGAUUUACUCUCGUUUCUGAAAACCCAUGAAAAUAAUCUUGAGAGAAGAGAGAAAGAAAAGUUGGAUUUACUGAAAAGUCAGCAUGAGGAGCUUAAAUCCUUUAUGGAAACUAUUUUGAAAAAUUUGAAUGACAAAGAAUCUUAG